GUCCCCGUCUACAGCGCCAAGGAGGAAGAGUUGUAACGUUGAGUAGAGAGCUGGAAGACUCGCUAGCUUCCAUGGGACGGAUGGCGAAACAGUUGCUGGAUCAACAAAGGGAGACCGAGGAAGCAAAAAGAGAAGCGGAGGAUAAGAAAAAACAUGAGGAAGAUGAGAGGGCAGCAAAAGAGGAGGCUGCGAGGAUUGAAAUGGAGAGGAAACGUGCGAAGGAAGAAAAUGAGCAAAAGAGGCAAUGGGCGAUAAAGAAGAUCCUUGCACAACAGAGAGAGGAGUAUGAAGAGAGGUUGGCACAGAUCAUGGGCUCAGGGUUGAAAGGAGCGACGAUCGAAAGUAAGAAGAAGAAGAAAAAGGUGGCGCCUGCACUAUCGUCGGGAUCCGGAGAGGAUAAUGAAGGAGAGGAGGAAACUACACCUCUUAAGGAUAAGAUGAAACGCCGUGAGUCGACGGGAGCGACCGCGAAUAGCCCGCCUAUGGAGAAUACACCGAAACAAGAAAAACUCGAUAAUGCCAGAACACCAGGGAGCGCUAGAGCGAGGAAGGGGAGAGGAAGGCCAUCGAGAGCCGACACCCAAGCGGUGAGAAUGGAGAAGGGUCAAGACCCAUGGGAAGGAGUUCCAAUGGGGGACAAAUAUGCUACCGAAGCAGCUUUUCGGAAGGCUUUCAGGAAGACUCUGGAGUCUUUCUACCCAGAUACGCUAAAGGCUAUGUGUAAAGGAGUUGGGCUGUCUUUUUAUGGCUUGAAUGACGCUGUUGACGUCCUUGCAGAGUUGCGAGUGACCUACUGUUACAGAAAGAAGGAUGCAGGUUCGACGUCAUCUAAAGGAACGGAAGAUGAGCAGAUGAGGGGGGAGAUUCAAGAUCCCCAGGUUGAAUCAGACGUAUAAUUCAGAAUCAUGGAAACUUCUUUUGGAAUUCUUUGAGUGUCGCCUUUGGUGUA